GCAAGUGCAGCUGCUUAAGGAUGAGGUGGCAGAUGGGAGUGAGCGCAGGUGGCCAAGGCAAAGUCACAGCUGGAGAAUAAUGAUGAAUGGAGCAGCGGGACCCUCGCACAUGGACCGUCGCGAGCGGGUUCUCAAGUUAGGCGAGAGUUUCGAGAAGCAGCCGCGCUGCGCCUUCCACACUGUACGAUAUGAUUUCAAACCUGCUUCUAUUGACACUUCCUGCGAAGGAGAGCUUGAAGUCGGCAAAGGUGAACAGGUGACAAUAACUCUGCCAAAUAUAAAAGGUUCAACUCCACCAGUAAGUGUUUUCAGAGGUUCAAAGAAACCUUACUUAAAGGAAUGCAUUUUAAUUAUUAACCAUGACACUGGAGAAUGCCGACUAGAAAAACUCAGCAGCAACAUCACUGUAAAAAAAACAAGAGUUGAAGGAAGUAGUAAAAUUCAGUAUCGUUUAGAGCAACAGCAGCAACACCUGCGGACUUCAUCUAGGACUCCCAAUCUUGUGAAACAUUCUCCAUCUGAAGACAAAAUGUCCCCAGCAUCUCCAAUGGAUGAUAUUGAAAGAGAACUGAAGGCAGAAGCUAGUCUAAUGGACCAGAUGAGUAGUUGUGAUAGUUCAUCGGAUUCCAAAAGUUCAUCAUCUUCAAGUAGUGAGGAUAGUUCCAGUGACUCAGACGAUGAAGAGUGCAGAUCCUCUCCUUCUGAUGCAGGGAAUUAUAUCUCAAGACAUCCUGCCAUGUCUGCCAUGCCACAUUGCAAGAUUCCUGGUAUGGAUGCUGGCCAGAAUAGAUCUCAUGACAACAGUAGCCUUCUGAUGAAUACUUUACGAAAUGAUUUGCAGCUGAGUGAAUCAGGAAGUGACAGUGAUGAUUGAAGAAACAUUCAGCUAUAAAUAUAAAAUUUGUAAGACGUGACAAUUUAUUUUAUAUUAACAAUAAAGAUUCCUAAUACUGAAGAAAAUGUAUCUUAACUUUUGAUGAUAAAAGAAAUUAAAUUUGGUUCAAAAUUUUCAGUUGAUGUUAUAUUUUUGACCUUUUUAAAGUACCAGCAUUUUCAUGUGCUUUCCAUUUAUUAGGUUUUACAGAUGAGAAAACGGACGUUAGGUAACUUGCCCACAUGUUAUUACUUAAAGUAGCAGAUCAGGUGUUCUAGAGUUCAAGUUCAAUGCUCUGCUUUAAAACACUGCUGUCUCCCAAUUGUGAAAUGUCAAAGCAAUUGAUUUAUAAUAAAUGA